UCGUGCUUGCUCGAGAUCCUUUUCACUAUUACUUCUCAGCAAAUUAAGUAUUGAAAACCAAAUGAUUGGAAUCGACCAAGCAGGAUAUGCCCAUCAAUCACCCAUCAAAGUCAAACGGAAUGUCAUGACUGUGUCUGCUCAUCAGUGAAAUGUGCUUCAUCUUGAAGGAUCUCCACACGACGAGAAAAGUCACGAAGCAGAAAUGAAAAUGACCAAUAGAGUUUCGACACCCAUGGUACUGAGAACUAAUCAGAACCUGUAGCAGUCUUCACUGGAAAACCUCUGACUCAGCAUUCUGAACAAUGUUCCUCGAUCCAUAAAUGCACAAACUCGAAGACAAUUUGAAAAAGGAAGCAAAGAUGUGAUCUUUUGAUAAAAAGUAUUGUAGAAGUACAGGCUGAAACUAUUUGUGAAAUCUUUGUCACAGAAUCCUGAAUGAACAGUGUUCCUCGACCCAUAAAUGCACACACGUGAAGACAAUUUUAUAUCCGAAACAAUGAUGUUUUUUUGAUAAAACAGUUUGAAAGAAGUACAGGCUGAAACUGUUUGUGAUGAUGACCCGCUGAUAGAUCGAGGAAAGCGCAUCAAGAUGGGGUCGGCAGUGAGGAGGUACCUACAGUGCCAGUGUUUCUUCCAUGGGCUGAUGGAGUCCGGAGACAAGGAAUGGAAGAAACAGAAUGAGAACAAGAACGACAUGUAUGAUCUAAUUUACUUCAGUGGUCAGGGGAAACUGGUGGAGAGCUACCGUAACAGGAAGAGUGACGCAGAGUUUCAAGAGCUGAUUCGGAAGGAGGUCGGACCGUACUUAUACAACAACGGCAAUGGGAAGAUGAUUAAUGAAUGGGACUACAUCCAAUAUCGGAAGGAUACUGUUGAUGAUAAAAAGAAGAGCAUCCUGGACUCCAUGAGUAACCAGGAACUGAUGCAGGAAUUCCACGAGUACCAGCAGCAGGCCAUCAAUCGCUUCAGCGAGCACAAGGCCGGCUGGGACCUGUCCAAGCGCGGCGAGGUCGGCGAGACCAUACUGCAUCUCUGCUACCUCAACAACACCAAGAUGCAUCGAGACAUCGCCCGCUUCCUCCUGGAGGCUUACCCAGAGCUGGCCAACGACAUCUACGAGGGCUCAGAUUAUUACGGGGAGAAUGCACUCCACAUGGCGAUCGUGAACCAAGACAUCGAAUCGGUCCGAUUCCUCACCGGCCAGUACCACGCCCAGCUGGACCAGCGGGCCACGGGACGGUUCUUCCGGCCGAACGACCUCAAGGAUCCCAAGCAGAUCAAGCUCAAACCAUCCAACUACGAAGGGGAGGUUUACUACGGGGAGUACCCGCUGGCGUUUGCGGCCAGCGUCGGAAACACUCAGAUCUACGAUUACCUGAUCGAGGAGAGUCUGAAGAACAGGUCUGGGCAGGGGCACGUCAAUCCUAACGCCAAGGACUCGUUCGGAAACACCGUGGUACACAUGGUCAUCAUCCACAAUCAGAAGCUGAUGUUCAAACACAUCAUCCGUCAAAACAAGAUGCCGGCCAACUACCACAUCCCAAACAAGGCAGGGCUGACCCCUCUGGAGCUGUCUUACCGACUGGGUCGCAGUGAGCUAUUCACCAGUCUACUUGACCUGGCCAGUGAGACCCAAUGGGCACAUGGGAACCUGGCCUACGUCGCUUACCCAUUGGGCAUGCUGGAUACUAUUGGGGUAGAUGGACACCAGAAUGAACAUUCAGCCCUGCGAGCAAUAAUCAAAAAGGAUGAUCCCUGUCAUCUUAAGAUGCUGGAGGGGCAAGUCAUCAACCACCUGCUACAAGAGAAAUGGAAGAGAUAUGCACGGGGGCGAUUUAUCUUCAAGUUUAUCUGGGCGUGUUUACAUUUGACCCUCCUGAGUACUGCCGUCAACCUGAGACCAGAGACAGAUUUACUAUCAGGCGAUGAUGUUUAUACUAAAAUGCGUUACAUUACAGAAGUGUGUGUGAUUAUUGGCUGCGUAGCUAAGAGUUGUGUAGAGUUCAUCGAAAUCCGAUCCAGAGGGUCCCUUUUGGAUUAUAUCAAAAGCUUGUGGGUUUUACCAUUCAAAGGGCUGUUCAUGGUUGCCAUCUUAAUGUUGUAUAUCUGCAUCCCGUUGAGGUUCCUCGGACUCCGUCAGAUGGAAGACAUCAUGCUGAUCAUCAUCAUGCCAUUCUCAUUCUCCUAUAUGCUGUUCUUCUACAGAGGCCAUGAGAAGCUGGGGCCGUUGAUCGUCAUGAUUGGGAAGAUGAUGAAAGGUGACAUCAGCCGAUUUGCAAUCAUCUACAUCAUCUUCAUCAUCAUCUUUGGAGAAGCUUUUUACUAUCUAUUUAAAGAAGCACCUUCUGAGAGUUCAAGUGAUUUUGACACUUGGUACGGGUCCUUCAUGAUGGCUUUCCUUAUGGCAUUCGGUGACUUCCCCUCUGAAGUUUUUGGUGAAUCUCGCAUCGGAUGGCUGUCCAGAACCCUUUUCUUUAUCUUCAUGUUGCUGUUGCCGUGGUUACUCGUCAACAUGCUGAUCGCCAUGAUGGCCAAGACGUACCAGCAGGUGGAGGUGAGAUCCAAGAUGGAGUGGAAGAGACAGUGGGCAAUGUUACUCCUGAACAUCGAGAGAUCCAUCUCCAAAAGCAAACUGGCCAAGUAUAAGAACGCCUACUCCACUGAGAUGCGCAUCCCAUACAACGACGCCCUCAAGAAAGGCUUGCUACAGGAGGAGAAUAUGAGCAAGUCAGGAGGGACAGUGGUGAUGUACCCUGAUGACGCAUCACAAGGCGAGGAACCUUCCAUGCCUAAGAAGGGUCGUCGCAUCAUGUACAAGUCUUGGAAGAAGGAUGACAUGAACGUGCCCCUCGUGCAGAUGCGAAAACCAGAGAGAGCAACUGAGGAGUCCAUGAGCGCAGGGACGAAGAAAGAGUACAUCUGCCGAGCUUUGCUCAUUCAGACGGUCCUCCCUAAAAGCCGAGCGAGGGCGUAUAGAGAUGCUGUCAUCAAAUGGAAGGGUGCCCUUAGGAAGGUCAUCCGUGCAAACACCAAUGCCAAAGCUCUCCUGCUGACCUCCAGAGCCAAGGUGGAACGUCGCCCUCGUGGGGUCCGUAGCGGAUCACGCCCAUCCGUCGUCCCCUCUAAUCCCUUUCAGCAACCAUUUAACCCAAUCCCUGAGGAAUCAGCGGCAUCAGCGACGACAUCACAGGAGUCGGAGAAGUCACAUGAUCAGGAGAGUCAGGUUGUCAGCGGUAGCCCAAGAAGACUCCCUCCAUUGACUCGGACGAAAAGCCGAUCCAUCCUCCCCCCGGUAGUUUAAUAUUUGUUAACCACAGGUCAUUUUUCUACAACUUGGCCCAACUUCAUAGAGCUGCUUAAGCAGAAAAAGUAGAUAUGGGCAACAGUAUUUUGUCUACCAGCCAAACUAUCAAGUCACGUGUGCAAUGUGUGAUCAUUCUGAGACUGUAGGCCGAGUCACACUGCAGCGAUAACAAAACGAUAACGAUCACAACGCAAAGAGAACGCAUUCUAUUGUUUGAAU